AUGGUUUUAUGCCGAUUCGUUUAUUCUCCUUUCAGCUAUAUUUGUUUCCCGAAAUACCCUCCUAAACACGUCAAAUUCCCUUCUCUACCACUUUCUGCACUCUCGUGUUCUUCGUCAUCAACAAUGGAAGCUCCUCCUGAAGGCUAUCGCAGAAACGUUGGAAUCUGUCUCAUCAAUAGCCACAAAAAGAUUUUCGCGGCUUCAAGGCUGGAUAUUCCCGAUUCAUGGCAAAUGCCCCAGGGUGGUAUUGAUGAAGGUGAGGAUCCGAGAAAUGCUGCUAUUAGGGAACUAAGAGAAGAAACUGGAGUUAGUUCAGCAGAAGUAAUUGCAGAGGCACCUUUCUGGUUAACUUAUGACUUCCCACCAACAGUCAGGGAGAGAUUAAAUAUUCAGUGGGGAACUGAUUGGAAGGGGCAGGCACAAAAAUGGUUUCUUUUUAAGUUCACUGGACAAGAUCAAGAAAUCAAUCUUUUGGGUGAUGGUACUGAGAAGCCUGAGUUUGGGGAAUGGUCAUGGAUAUCAGCUGAACAAGUAAUUGAUCUUGCAGUGGAUUUCAAGAAGCCUGUUUACAAGGAAGUACUUGCUGCAUUUGCUCCACAUCUUGAAUAA